GAGAGUAAUGUCUUUACUUGCUCGUCUUAUCCAUGAUUAGAAGUUGGAACAACUACUUAAUUAAUUCCUGGAGUUUUAAAGUAUAUUAUUUUUCGUGUACUAUAGUGAGUUUCAAUUUAGUUUAGAUUAUACUUAUAUAAUAUAAGUACGUCAUUAUAAUAUCAAACUAGGAUGAUUAACAUUAGUGGACACAUUUCUUAAAACAGUGUGAGACAAACGGAUACGUUUCAGCUGAUAGCAAUUUUCGAAAUUACUAAUUGACAGAUUAUUUACGCCUUUAAAUUGAACAACUCCACCAAAACUCAUGCUCUAUCUAUCUCUUCUCUUUUCAUAAAAUAUCCGGACGUUUUAACGGCGGUGAAAAGAUGCGGAUGUUGACGACGGCGGUAAAUACAUUACUGAAACGGGAAAACUCAUUUCUCCAACGUCAUGGCUUCGCACAUGUAGUAGCUCAAAGAACAAACUCCGUUCACCAGACCGAAACAAAAGCUCCGAAAAUACCCCCGUUCAGUUAUUCUCCGCCGCCUUACGACGGUCCUUCCACCGCAGAGAUCAUCGCCAAGCGGCGAGAGUUCCUCAGCCCCGCUCUGUUCCACUUCUACAAUACUCCAUUAAACAUUGUGGAGGGAAAGAAGCAAUAUGUAUUCGACGAGACGGGACGGCGAUAUUUAGAUGCCUUCGGAGGAAUAGCGACGGUUUCAUGUGGCCAUAGCCACCCGGAAGUAGUUGAAUCCGUCAUCAAACAGUUAAAGCUUAUUCAACACUCCACCACCCUUUACCUUAAUCACACCAUCUCUGAUUUCGCUGAAGCUCUUGUCUCCACCCUCCCCGGAGAUCUCAAGGUUGUGUUUUUUACAAACUCUGGUACGGAGGCGAAUGAGUUGGCGAUGAUGAUGGCUAGGCUGUACACUGGAUGUAACGAUGUGGUUUCACUUAGGAACUCUUACCAUGGAAACGCAGCUGCCACAAUGGGAGCCACUGCUCAGUCCAACUGGAAAUUCAACGUCGUUCAGAGUGGUGUACAUCACGCGAUAAAUCCAGAUCCUUACCGGGGAAUAUUCGGAUCAGACGGUGAAAAGUACGCCAGGGAGGUACAUGACCUGAUCCAAUUCGGAACUUCUGGUCAAGUCGCCGGUUUCAUCGGCGAAUCUAUCCAGGGAGUUGGAGGAAUCGUGGAGCUGGCUCCCGGAUACUUACCGGUGGCAUACGACAUCGUGAGGAGAGCCGGAGGAGUUUGCAUCGCCGAUGAAGUUCAGUCCGGUUUCGCUCGUACCGGAACCCAUUUCUGGGGAUUCCAAUCCCAUGGUGUUAUCCCCGACAUUGUCACCAUGGCCAAGGGGAUCGGGAACGGCAUCCCGCUUGGAGCGGUGGUGACAACACCGGAGAUCGCCGGCGUUCUAAGCCGACGGUUUUAUUUUAAUACUUUCGGUGGAAACCCAAUGUGCACUGCCGCGGGACAUGCAGUCCUUAGAGUCAUUCGGGAAGAGAAGCUCCAAGAGAACGCUUUAUUCGUUGGCUCUCAUCUUACACGUAAACUUACACAACUCAAAGACAAAUACGAACUCAUCGGAGACGUUAGAGGAAGAGGAUUGAUGCUAGGAGUUGAGUUUGUGACAGACCGUGACUUAAAAACUCCGGCUAAAUCAGAGACUCUUCAUCUAAUGGAUCAAAUGAAAGAGAUGGGAGUGUUGGUGGGUAAAGGUGGGUUCUAUGGGAACGUCUUCAGAAUCACUCCUCCUCUCUGCUUCACCCUGCCUGACGCUGAUUUCCUUGUGGAUGUGAUGGAUCACGCAUUGUCCAAGAUUGGAUAAAUAUAAUAUGCACAUAUUAUAUGAUUAGAAUCUGAAACCGUGGGGCAAAGGUGAAACGGUUGGUCAUCAAGGGCGAGGCGAUGGACGUUGCGGUGGAGAAGGAAGGAGACGUAUGUCCAGAGAGCUGUCGUGAUCGCUGAGGCUAGACUUGUCAGCGUGAAGUGAAGAUGAGCUCUUUAAGUAUGCUCAGUGUCUUCCUCAUCAACCCAAUUCUUCUUUUCUCACUUUGAUUUGUAUACAUUUAAAAAAAAAAUCAUAAU